UAGUAUUUCAAAAUUACCGAAGUGUUGGAAUUCUAAAAAUAUUAUAUCAAAUUUACUAACACAUAAAAUUUCUAACCAAAUUUGUCUUACGUAUUGAUAAUUCUGAAGCUUCUAUUAACAAUUUUAUAAUUUUUUUACUGAAAUUUAAACCUGCAGAUGAAAAUAUAGUGAAAGAAGGUGCUUCCGAAACAAAUAUUAACAACGCUGGUGACGCAAACAUGCCUGUGGGUGCAGAUGCAAUUCCUGAAGGUCCAAAACAUCCGUUAGAACAUACAUGGACAUUAUGGUAUUACGAGAAUGAUCGAAAUAAAGAUUGGGAAGCGAAUCAACGAGAAGUUACUUCAUUUUCAACUGCAGAAGAUUUUUGGAGUAUCUAUACGCAUGUUAAACCAGCAGGAGAACUUCGACAAGGUUGCGAUUAUGCGUUAUUUAAAAAAGGAAUUCGUCCCAUGUGGGAAGAUAAGCAUAAUAAGAAAGGUGGACGUUGGUUAAUAUCAUUGGAAAAGAAGCAACGAGUACAAGAAUUAGACAAAUAUUGGAUAGAAAUUUUACUCUGUUUAAUUGGGGAGGCUUUUGAACAUGCAGAUGAAGUAUGCGGAGCUGUUGUGAACAUUCGAGGAAAAGGAGAUAAAAUAGCUCUUUGGACAGCAGACGCAAGUAAUACUAAGGCUGUAUUAGAAAUUGGAAAAACAUUAAAAGAACGAUUGAAAAUUUCGCCAAAAAUAACAAUUGGCUAUCAAAUUCAUAAAGAUACAAUGGCUAAAUCCGGAUCUGUAACUCGAGUUACUUAUACCAUUUAAUUAAUAUAUGUAUAUAUAUAUAUAUUAUUAAAAAAAUAAUAAUUAUCAUUAAACAAUCAAAUCAUUUGAAAAAUAUAACAGAAUUUAUCGCGCCGACAUACAUGUGUUGAUUUAAAUAGUCCAAGACAUUAUAAUGUUAAAUCUAAUUACAUCUAAUUCAUCACGCAAAUAAUAAUUAAUAAAUUCAUUUCAUACAUUAAAUAGAAAUCAACACAUGAAUAAUAGAAUUU